CUCUUACCGUGCGUCCCGAGACAUGGACUUGCAUGUACAAAACGCAACGAUACGAAAAGUUGUCGUGAACGAAUAAGAAUCGGUACCGGUCAUGACAGUGCGGCGAUUCGAUUGAACGAUUACGAACGAUUCGCGCGGCGCACGGUCGCGAGUUUCCCGGCGCGGCCGCUCGCGCGACUGAGGGCGGCAGUAUUCGUUCAACCGUCGGUCUGUGUGGUCGCUUUGCGGCGUAGUCUGUGAUUUUUUUAGUGUAGCUCCUGAUAAUCCAAGUUAAUCGACUAUGGCGGAUCAACUAACAGAGGAACAAAUCGCAGAAUUCAAGGAGGCGUUCUCACUGUUCGACAAGGAUGGCGACGGCACCAUCACAACCAAAGAGCUGGGCACCGUGAUGAGGUCGUUAGGACAGAACCCCACGGAAGCGGAACUACAGGACAUGAUCAAUGAGGUCGACGCGGACGGCAACGGCACGAUAGACUUCCCCGAGUUCCUUACCAUGAUGGCCAGGAAGAUGAAGGACACGGACAGCGAGGAGGAGAUCCGCGAGGCGUUCCGCGUGUUCGACAAGGACGGCAACGGGUUCAUAUCGGCCGCCGAACUGCGCCACGUGAUGACGAACCUCGGGGAGAAGCUCACGGACGAGGAGGUUGAUGAGAUGAUCCGUGAAGCGGACAUUGAUGGCGACGGACAGGUCAAUUAUGAAGAAUUCGUCACCAUGAUGACGUCGAAGUGAGCCGCCGGCUAGUGUGUGUGUAAAAGAAUUUAAAUAUACAUUUUGUUUCAUGACACACAAUAUUACCAUCGUAUUGGACCUGCAUUUCUCUAGUGUUUGCGAUAAAUUAAAUAUUGUCAUCGUUUCAGUUUAAUGGUAUAAUUGUAUAGCGGCGAGGGCCCCGCCACUCGUCCUUAGACUUAAAGUAUUCCGUUAAUGUAACUAUUGUAAGGGUCGCUCGAGCGGCGUGUGUGUGUGCGUGCUCUGUGUUGCGUCGCGCCUAGUGUAUGCGGUGCUAGCGUCCGCACCUUUCCGAUACAUUUUAAUGUAAUUUUUUUUCAAGUAUGAGAUAUUUAUAAAGUACGUGAGAUAAAAAAUUUGAAAAAAUCCCAAAAAAAUGUACCGUGCGGGCGCGGGGCGGCGGAUUCUCGGAAUUGUCAACCAAUACCUGCUCGCCUUCGGCUAUAACGUUUUCCAUUUUUCUAUUUAUUCAUUGUGUUGAGUCGAACCGUUUCUUAAAUCGUGUAACUUGUUAUAAAUUAUUAUUAGCGGUUAAAGAUGUAAUGUAUCUAAUACAUGUGUCACUACAUUUCCCGUGAUGUAAUCUACUGUAACACUAGUUUCACUAUUCAUUUCACACAGUAAACUUAAUGUAACGUAAACAUUGUACUUUACUCUUGCAUUAUUUAAUACUAUUAUUCUUAGAAUAUGACAUAAUUGUGAUUAUUUAAUUUAAUUAUCUAUGUGUAACUUAUCUGAUGUAAUUUUUAAAUUAGCGAUGAAUAAAUAGUGGAACUAGAAUUAGUGUUUUAAUCCCAUGUACUUUAAUGAAAUUAUAAUAUAAUCUAUUGUUUUAUUAUGUUGGUUUGAUUUAUUUGGAGUUUGGUUUUGUUGCGAUGUGUGACUCGUGCCGAGCGGGGCCGCCCCCGCGCUUCGUCUCAACGUUUCAAUCUAACUCUGUACGAAUAAAUUAGAUUUAUCGAUACUACAUUUAAUUGUAUCUGUAAAUGACUUGAUAAAUAUUAUAUUUCUAUUGUUGGUGAAGUAAUUCUAUCGACUGUGAACAACUCAGCUGUUAUUGAAUUACCACAUUUGAUUCAUUCUGUUAUUAAAUUUUACAAAAGACAUACUGAAAAUAAAUGUUUCUUCAUUUUUAGGUCAAUAAG